AUGGCCACAGACGUCCACAAGAAGAUAGACCCCAAGGAGGUGCCCGCGCCGACCGCGAAGGCGGGCUUGGUCAGGAAACCAAGUGAUUCUCAUCCAGCCGGCCGGGCCAAGUACGGCGUCGCCAUGCAGCUGUUCCGCGGGUUGACUUUUGGCAUCUACUUCGCCGCCUGCUGCCUUGCAAUCAUCACGACCCAGAUGCUUGGCAUCCCGCUGUACUUCUUCAACCGCGAAAUGUUCUACGCCUACAUGGCCCUGACGAAACAGUCCUUCGGCCUGACCAUCACGGCCAUGACGCACAUGUGGAGCAACACAACGAUCCGCAUAAGCGGCGACAAGUCCAUGGACGGCCAGAUCAAGAAGACGCCCGACGGCAGGGUUGAGUUCAACUUCCCGGAGCGCCUCGUUCUGGUCGCAAACCACCAGAUCUACACCGACUGGUUGUACCUCUGGUGGGUAGCCUACGCAAACGCCCCGAGCAUGCACGGCCACAUCUACAUCAUCCUUAAGGAGUCGCUCAAGUACAUCCCCGGCGUCGGCAUUGGCAUGAUGUUCUACGGCUUCAUCUUCAUGUCGCGCAAGAUGGCCACCGACAAGCCCCGCCUGGCGCAUCGCAUCAACAAGCUCAAGACGCAGCACGUCGGCGCCAACGGCAAAAAGUACCUCGACCCCAUGUGGCUCCUGCUCUUCCCGGAGGGCACCAACCUGUCCACCAACGGCCGCAGGAAGUCGGCGGCCUGGGCCGAGAAGCUGGGCCUCAAGGACCCGGAGCACGUGCUCCUCCCGCGCAGCACGGGUACCUUCUUUUGCCUCAACGAGCUCAAGGACUCACUCGAGUACAUCUACGACUGCACCGUCGCCUACGAAGGCGUUCCCCGCGGCAAGUUUGGCGACCAGUACUUCAGCCUCAUCAGCACCUACUUCCAGGGCCGGCCCCCGCGCUCCGUCAACUUCCACUGGCGCCGCUUCCGCCUCGCCGACAUCCCCCUCGACGACCCAAAGGUCUUUGACGUCUGGCUGCGCGAGCGCUGGUACGAGAAGGACGCCAUCAUGGAGGAGUACAUGUCCACCGGCCGCUUCCCGGCGAGCGCCGACAUCGAGGGCGGCCACCUCGAAACCGAGGUCCGCCUGAAGAGCUGGUUCGAGCUGGCGCAAAUCUUUGUCGUCGUCGGCACCGCGGGCAUCAUCUGGCGCAUGGUCCUCAACGCUGUUGCGAGGUUCUCCACGGUUCUCUAG